UAGUGCCUGUCCGGUGCCGGCUGCGCUACCUGCGGCGCUCGGUUGCUCGUUCCCGGCGGCUCCCUUGUUCUCUCUCCGCCCCUGGGCUGGUCGGCACUGACUCGCCGCUCUUGCCGUAGGAUGCUUAAGGCUAAGGACUUGACAGAGGCCAGCAGCUCAGAGAGCGUCCUGGAUGAGGAGGAGGAGGAGGGCGGCAGCAAGAAAAGAAAGAAAGAAACCUCUUCAAAGUCAGAGAAAAAGCAGAGAGCAGAGGCUAAACCUUCAAAAGAGGCAGAAAACCCUCCAGGACAAGGCAGUGAAGAGGAGGGCAUGUUCCAGAUUGGGAAGAUGCGUUACGUCAGAGUGUCCUGCUUCAAGGGGAAGGUCCUCGUGGACAUCAGGGAGUUCUACACUGACAAGGAUGGUGACAAGAAACCAGGGAGGAAAGGGAUUGCCCUGUCUGCUGAGCAGUGGAGCCAGCUGAAGGAGAUCAUUCCUGAGAUUGAUGCUGCAGUCAAGAAAUUAUAAGCUGAAGAGCCUUGGACACCUUCAAUCUGUUCCCUCACCUUGAAGGGCACUACAACUCUAAAGCCAAGGGUUCUUAUGAGGAGCCUUCUCCUCCCCUUGCUGGGGUUUCCUCACAGAGCUGGUGGCCAUGCUGCAAAGGCCACAGCCUCUAUUUUCAGGAAGUAGGUUAUAAUGAGCACCUAAAACCAGAGCCAGUGCUGUGAAGUGAGACUUCAGCACCUCUGGGCUCAGAGUGGUGAGGGACAUGAGCCCAACCUGGUUUUCCAGGGUUGAAUGGCUUCAGUCAACCUUGUGGAGUGCUUCAACUGUUCUACAUCCAUCACUGUCUUCCACUUGGCUGACUGUUGAGUAAGGUGGUUUGUGUAACUCCUGUUGGCAUUCUGUGUUUCUUCCACAUGCCAUUCUGGCUGUUGCAAGUACUUUGUGUUGGUGAGGGCUCUUGGGUGUAUUUUGGGUGACUACUUUAGUUUGGGGUUGUUUUUUUUUCAAGUGAAGAAAGGGAUUAUUGUACCUUAGCAACUGCCUUGUCUGUAGAGGGUGAGUAUGCAAAAAUAAAUGUGUUUGCAUUGUAAAAA